AUGGCAAGACAUAUUCUUUCUAUCCUAUUCUCUUUUUUUUUUUCUUUUUUCUAUCUCUCUUUCUAUUUCUCUCAGUCUCUCUUUCAUUAUGUUCUCUUUUCAGCAGCAAGGCCUCUUUAUCUCUGUCUCUUUUUCUCUUUUUCUUUUUUUCAAACAACUUUCUCUGUAUAUUUAUCUAAAAUUUCUGGGUCUUUCUUUUCUAUUUCUCUCUUAAAUUCUCUCUUUGAACAUAAUUUCUAUCUUUUUCUUUCCCUUUAUCUCUGUCUCUUUCUCUUUGUCUCUUUCUCUUUCUUUCUGAUCAUAAUUUCUCUUUCUUUUGAUUUCAGAAUUUUAAAUAUAUUCUUUCUAUUUCUCUCUAUUCUCUCUUUUUAUGAAGCUCAUAAUAUCUAUAUAUCUCACUUUGAACUCAAUUCUUUCUCUCUAUCUAUUUCCCCUUUCUCUCAAGAUUAUCUCUAUCAAAACGAUAUCUAUAAGCGCAAGGGCUGCUUCAACUUCGGCUUCUCUUGCCGCAAAGGGACUAAGAACAUUCACCCGGCUUGA